AUGGAGCAAGGGUCCCCGUGGCUGCACCUGCGCUGCGGCGAGGUCCUGGGCCGUACGGAGGUACCAAGGGUGGUUUGGUCUUUCUGGGACAAGGGGGCCAAGAACUUGAGUGAGUUCCGCCAGCUCUGCAUCGAGACAUGGAGGUCAAUGAACCCGGCUUGGGACAUCAAGAUCUUGGACUCCAAAUCGGUGUGGGUGUACCUCCACCCUCACGAUUUGCCCAAGGAGUGGGAGGACAUGUACGUGACUUUCCAGUCAGACGCUGUUCGUCUUGCCCUGUUGGGAAGGUAUGGCGGUGUUUGGGUCGAUCCUGCCACGAUUUGCCUUCGGCCUUUUGACAUGUGGCUCUGCAACAGCAUUCGCGACGCAUCCGGCAAGCCCGGAAUUGCAGCGUUCUACUUUGCUUCCUGGGGCACGGACGUGGGCAAGAGUGCGGAGUACGUGGAGAACUGGGUGCUGGCAGCACGCCGAUCACACCCCAUGAUUUUACGAUGGAAGGAGCUUUUCAACUCGUACUUCGACAGCAUCUGCGCUAGUCAAGGCAGUCUGGACAUUUUGCAUCUCCCAGACCACCCUAUGUUCCGGCAUAUCGACCUGUCGCACAUGCAGCGCUACGGACAUGACAUGCGCUCCUACCUGGUCAUGCACUCCUGCUUCAAGAAGAUGAUAGACGAAGAGCCGACCAUGCGGAGAAUCUGGCGGGAAGAGAUGCACUUGUUACGAGCUGACGAUUUUGCCCUUUGGCACAUGGACGAGCCAGAGGUCUGCUGGGACCCUGAGGCAGCCUUACGAAAGUGGCUCGGCAAAGGAGACGCCUUAUGGGAGGAGCACGUGCUGACAAAAUGCCCGAUUCUGAAGUUUACCCGGACCUUUGCGCAACUGCUCGACGCAGAGCCACAGAGCAGGUUUGUGGUUCCUUCCGUACAGAGGCCAGGAGACAUGGAGGCUUGCUGCUGUCUCGGCGUCGCCUUUCGCUCUGCGCUGGCGUUUGAACCGGCAGAUUGA